AUGACGUCGUCCUUUGUCACCCGCGCUAUCCGCGCAUCGACCACGCGGCCGGCGGAAGGAGCGCCGGUGGCGGAUUUCGGGGAGGCUGUGCGCGUGGAACGCCAGAGACAAUGGGGGGAAGCGGAAGAUGACACUAUUCGGAGGGGCGCUUCCGCGGGUGCAGAAGCGCAAGACGGAAAUGCGCAAGAAAACGAGCAGACGCAGAAUGACCCGAAUCUACAGAAAGAAGAUGACGGCGCGGGAGGGUCGGUAGAGGCGGGAGGGGUGGAGAGCGAGGAGGGGGAAGAGGCGGGAGUGGAGGCGGGGAUGAUAAUGGAGGUGAACUCUGGUGACGAGGACGCAGCGCGCAUGGCGGCGAAUCUCACGGUGUGGGAAGAAGACUCGUGGGAUGGCGUGCAGAUGAUCGUGCAUAUUAAGGAGCACACGCUGCCCGCGUGCCUGCUGGUGCUGUGCCAGGCGCAGGCGUACGCGGCGCUGCAGCGCAUGGCGCUGGGCGUGCUGUGGGACACGCGCCUCUCGCACCUGCUCCCCCGCGUGCACCUGCGCGACCUCUUCCUCCCGCCCAACCUCCCCCUCCGCACGCGCCUCCCCCCCGGAUGGGCGGGCGUGCAGGGCGGGAAGGUUGUGGCGGAGCGCGGGGGGAAGAAGGAGGAGUUUCAGUCACUGAGGGUGCGGCUGCAGUGUGCGGAUCGGGGGCAUCUCCCGCGGCCCUUCCACUCGCCCACCUUCAACCUGCUCGUCUCUCAGGACGCCGCGCCCCUGCUGCGGCACGGGGUGAGGGCGUGUCUGCACGCGGUGGGGGUGGAGCGGUGCUACAGGGGCCUGCAGCCCACGAGGCACAUCAAGCGCCUGCUGGCACGCGAGAACAUCAAGCGCACCAGAGCUUCUGUCGCCGUGCUCAUAGAGGACCCGCGCUACAGCCGCAUGCGGGUGCCAUCCUGCUCCACCCACACCCCGCUCUCCGCAUGCACAGUCCGGCGACUACUCGCCUCGUACCUCUCGCACCCCGCCAUCGACUUCACCGUCGCAGCAGCCACCGUGCCAGCGCACGCCGUCAUAGCAGCCGACUCCUUCCACCCCUCGCGUGCGCCGCACCUGCCCUUUGCCGCGCUCGUGCGUGGGCUGGACUGCUCGCCCUUUGAGGGCAUGCCGGGCGGGUGGGAGGCGAGGCUCGGGGCGGAGUGGAGUGUGCGGCGCAAGGGGAAGAGUGACCAUGAGUUGACUCUUGCAGAGGCUGUCCGCUGCACUCAGUUCCUGGCGGCAGAGCUGCUCCUGCUAACAGAGGCGCCCAGUCUGCUCUACUCCUUCCCCUCGCCCACAGUCAACCUCAUCAUGGCGCGUGCUGUUGCCCGCACGCCCUCCUUCCACCUCAUGGCGCCCUCGCUCUGCACCGCUCCCUGCCCGCCACCGCUGCUCCAGCAGAAGUUCGCCGAGCACAUGAUCGUUGAUGAGGAGCUGAAGGUGGCGUAUUGUGCGCUGCCCAAGGUGGCCAACACGAGCUGGAAGCUCUGGUUCCGCCUCUUCCGAGUCAAGGGCAACGCCACCGCUGCCUUUGGCGUCGCCCCCCCCUCCCCUGACGAUGCAAACGCCACUGCUGAUGCUUCUUCUGGGGCUGCAGGGGCAGCGGAGAGCAGUGGAGAGGCAGCAGCAGGAGGAGGAGGCGGAGAGGGGGGGUUGAGGCUGGGUGCGCGGGAGUUCAAGGCGAUCCACGUGUCGGAGGGCAACGGCAUCACGGAGCUGAGUGAGCUGGGCGAGCGCGAGGCCGUGCGGUUCCUGUCGCGCCGGGACGUGCUGCGCUUCACGUUCGUGCGCAACCCGUACACGCGCGUGGCGUCUGCCUUCCUCGAUAAGGUCGUCAAGGCCCGCGACUUCCUUAACAACGGCAGCGCUCGGCUGUACUGGGCCCAGGCGCUGUUCAGCCGGGCACCGCAGUACAGCAGGCUGAUGGAGCUGCAUCCAGACGGCAGCUUUUCCUUCCCCGAGUUCGUGCGGCUCACAGAGGAAGCGCUGCAGCACCCACCCACCGACAACCACAUCGACACACAGGUGGAGCUGUGCGCUCUGGACUGGAUCAAGUAUGACUUUGUGGGUCGGUUUGAGAGCAUGAUGGAGGGCGUGCAGUGGGUGAUGCAGCGCCUGGGCACGGAGCAGUACGGAGUAUUUGACAGCGGGCACACGCUGCAGGCCACUGAUGCUGACAAGAGAAUUGCCCGGCUCUAUGACAAGGUGCGUGGGAGAGGCAGGCGAAAGGGUGGGGGAAUGAGGUAG